UGGUCGAAGUUGAUGAGUCAAAAUUGUAGAGAGAAUGAUCGAGGGAAUAUGUUAAUGCGUCUAUACGAUUUGGUGUUUGAUAUGGUCGAGCUAGUAACUAAUAAAGUCCGUUUCUUCCAUCUUGCUGAUAAAACACCUUAUACAUAUACCGUAUUUACUGUAUUAGAGCCCCAUGGGGCUCUAUUUUUCAACUAUCCCGAAAAGGGGGGCUAAAUUAAAGAGGGGGGCUCUAAUUCAGACGGGGGGCUGUAUUCUCAAGGAAUUUAUGAGAUUGAGGGAUAUAAAGUGAUUUGGAGUAUCAGGAGAUUCAGGAAUUAAGAGUUGGACGCAUAAAUUUUCAUUGGAGGCAUAAUUGUUGAUUGGACGUAUAAAAGUUGAUUGGACGCAUAAUAGUUGAUUCGACGUAUAUUGUGUAAUAGAGC